CUGCAGAAGAAGAGGACGUCACAACAACAACCAGGAGGGGGAUAAAGAUAGAGACAUCUCAUUUACAUCAAAGCUGCAUUUCUGUUUUCCACGUGUAUACAUUAGUAUUUAUUUCUUUUUCAAGAAGCAGUAGUGAUGGAGGGCUCCAAGUCGUCCAGUACGACGACGCAGGUGAGCUUCGUGUGCCAGCGGUGCUGCCAGCCGCUCAAGCUGGACACGUCCUUCAACGUCCUGGACAGACUCACCAUCCACGAACUCACGGCCCCCCUGGUAACGGUGACCCCCAGCAGACAGGCGGACAGCAGCAGCAGCCCGGGGGACCGGCCUCCCGAGGAGGCUUUUGUAGAAAACAAGCAAGAUGGAGUGUCAAGAAAAUACAUCCCUCCUGCACGGAUGAUGUCAACAGAGAGUGCCAACAGUUUCACGCUGAUUGGAGAUGCAUCUGAUGGUGGAACCAUGGAAAACCUUAGUCGUAGACUGAAGGUAACCAGUGACCUGUUUGACAUCAUGUCAGGCCAGACAGAUGUGGAUCAUCCGCUAUGUGAGGAAUGCACUGACACUCUGCUGGACCACCUCGACACGCAGCUCAACAUAACAGAGAACGAGUGCCAGAAUUACAAGCAGUGUCUGGAGCUGCUGUCUAACCUCCGGGUAGAGGAAGAGGAGACCUUGCUGGCAGAGUUGCAGCACCUGAAAGAGGAGGAGGAGGCCCUGGUUCAGGGGCUGGAGGCCGUGGAGGAGCAGAGAGCUGCCGUGGCUCAGGACCUCACCCAGAGUAAGAUCCAGUCUCUGCAACUGGACACAGAGGAGCAACAGUACCAAAAGGAAUACAGCGAGUUUAAACGGCAGCAGCUGGAGCUAGAUGAUGAGCUGAAGAGUGUUGAUAACCAGAUGCGUUACUGCCAGAUUCAACUGGAUCGUCUGAAGAAGACCAACGUUUUCAAUGCAACGUUCCACAUCUGGCACAGUGGCCAGUUUGGUACCAUCAACAACUUCCGUCUGGGUCGACUUCCCAGCGUCCCUGUGGAGUGGAAUGAGAUCAAUGCAGCCUGGGGGCAAACCGUGCUGCUGCUGCACGCUCUGGCCAACAAAAUGGGGCUGCGUUUUCAAAGGUACCGUCUUGUCCCGUAUGGAAAUCACUCGUACUUGGAGUCACUGACAGACAAGUCAAAGGAACUCCCACUGUACUGCUCGGGUGGCUUGAGGUUCUUCUGGGACAACAAGUUUGAUCACGCCAUGGUGGCCUUCUUGGAUUGUGUCCAGCAGUUCAAAGAAGAGGUGGAAAAAGGAGACACUGGAUUUUGCCUCCCAUACAGGAUGGAUGUGGAGAAGGGGAAGAUUGAGGACACAGGUGGGAGCGGAGGCUCCUACUCCAUCAAAACACAGUUCAACUCUGAGGAGCAGUGGACCAAGGCGCUCAAGUUUAUGCUGACCAAUCUGAAGUGGGGACUGGCCUGGGUCACCUCACAGUUCUACAACAGAUGAACCCGUUGGACUUCAUAUAUUGAAUUCACACUGUUAUAAACACCUAAUAAACGAGUUUCAUGUGAUUAUGAGUUUGAAGGAAUUGCCUGUACCUUUUUCUCAAAUCCUGCUGGACUGAAAGACGUCGUGAUUGUCCACACAGUUGAGGGUCCUAGCUUUAUGUCUGGUCUUUUGUUGUUGCACCGUGGAGAUUCUACCUUCUUGGCCCUCUGACUUAUCUACACAGUUGUAGAUGUUCCCCUCAGCAAGCAACAUUAUACUUUUUGUUAUAAUCAGCGUCAUUAAAUAAGCUGACUUAUACUGAACAAGCAUUAAAAGAGUUGGACACAUCUUAAGAAAAAUGUUUGCACAUUUGAGAUUUCCAUUUCUCCACUGUGAGGGGUAUUUAAUAAAAUUAUAGCAGAGAAUUUAACUGGAGCAUUUUGCAUAUUAAAACUGAACACACUGCCAACUGCAUCACAUCAAUACAUGGUUUGAAUAUGAAAUGUUUAACGAUGGAAUUUACUUAUUAAAAUGUUUAUGCU